CAGCAUUAGGUGGCAGUGCAGAGUCGGGGGAUGCCGUGGAUGUUUUGUUUACUAGUCUGCUUCCUUGUAGCAGCAGCAGCAGCUCACACACACAUUCCUGCUGACAGCAGAGAUUCAGGCUGGACGAGGUGUGUGUGUCAGUGUGUGUGUGUGUGUGUGUGUGUGUCAGCUGACAGCUGUGUGAUGCUACCAUGUUAGCUCCGGAGUUAGCACGCAGGUACUUUACUUAUUCAGCCGUUUGUGUCGCUGCGUUUUCUCUUUUGAUAGUUUGACCACUUGUUUUUUUUUAAUUUAAGUGACUAUGCGACUUAAACCGAGCAGGUUUAUCCUGAAACAAACUAUCUAGCGGCUUUAUUUUAGCAUUAGCGAUUAGCUCGUGGCAAAUCUUCCUAGCAACCGUAGCUAACGUGAGCUAACGUCUUCACGCAGAGCUUCAGAGUGUCGGCUCAGCUCUCAGGGGAAAGUUAUGCGAACACACUGUAGACCGGCGGCUUCUGCUGAGGUAAAUGUUGAUUAGAUGGCAAAAACUGAGCAGGGUAAUGGACUCGACAUGCGGGGCGGCACAGAGAAGCUGACAGAAAAUGGGAAAGGCGGCUCGUAUGGAUCCGACCCGGAGGUGAACGGCGGUGCUGUCCCCGGGGAGAGACAGGUGGACAAGUACGGAUUCACGGGAGGAGCACAGCAGUACUCUGGAGACUCUGCCGGACAAAUCCCCAUUGAGGUGCUGAGGCAGCGGGAGGCAAAAUGGCUGGAGAUGCUCAACAGCUGGGACAAGUGGAUGGCCAAAAAACACAAGAAGGUGAAAGAGCGCUGUCAGAAGGGGAUCCCUCCAUCCCUGCGUGGCCGGGCCUGGCUUUACCUCACUGGGGGGAAAGUGAGAAGGGAACAAAACCAGGGCAAAUUCCAGGAACUUGACAGUCAGCCUGGAGAUCCUAAAUGGGUAGAUAUUAUUGAGAGGGACCUCCAUCGACAAUUCCCCUUCCAUGAAAUGUUUGCAGCAAGAGGAGGUCAUGGGCAGCAGGACCUGUUCCGUGUGUUGAAGGCUUAUACGCUGCAUCGUCCUGAAGAGGGAUACUGUCAGGCUCAGGCUCCCAUCGCUGCUGUACUCCUGAUGCAUAUGCCAGCAGAGGAUGCAUUCUGGACUCUUGUCCAAAUUUGUGAGAAAUACCUUCCUGGAUAUUACAGUACAGGGCUGGAGGCGAUCCAGCUGGACGGGGAGAUCCUUUACGCUCUUCUGCGUCGGGUGUCUCCCGUGGCCCACCGUCACCUGAAGAAGCACAAGCUGGAGCCCAUCUUGUACAUGACCGAGUGGUUCAUGUGUGCCUUCUCUCGGACUCUGCCGUGGGCCUCGGUGCUGCGUGUCUGGGACAUGUUCCUUUGUGAGGGAGUGAAGAUCCUCUUCCGAGUGGGGCUGGUUCUCCUGAAAUGCAUGCUGGGAUCCCAAGAGAAACUGAAGACCCGUCAAGGUCUCUAUGAAACAAUGGAGCUGCUCCGAGCUAUAGAGCCACAGUACAUGCAAGAAAGCUUCCUCGUGCACGAGGUUAUUGAGUUACAAGUGUCAGAAAAGGACAUUGAAAAGGAACACCAUGCUCAGCUGCGGCGCUGGAAGGAGACUCACGGAGAUCUCCACUGCAAGUCCCCUCCCAGGAUGCACGGCGCCAAGGCCAUCAUGGCUGCAGAGCCGCCAAGCCGACAGGACCUGAAACAGAUGCCCACCAUCAUCGUGGAUUCUCUCCUGGUGCCCAAAACAGACGGGGUGAAAGCAGGGGACGCAAAGGAAAGUAGAAAGACUAAAGAGGAGAAACCGAAGAAAACAAUCCUACCGCAGCAGGAGAUUGUUAAUCCUUACCUUCCUCCCACUGACCCCUCACCUCUCCUCAAACACAUGACCAUAGAAGGGUCCAAAGAGAGUCUGAGCAGUGUAGAGCAUGACACUUACCUGUAGCAGGGAGACUGUCACCAGUUUACACUCGUAAAUCUUUCCAUACAACCUUUACUAACACAGCAGUGACACUCAUUUCGGAUUUCGGUCUCACGUCUUCGUUGUCAGUAUCAUGACGAACUUUGUCUCUGUCGUAGUCGUGAUUAGUAAAAUGACAUUUUUACAACCAUGACACUCCAAAAACAACUUCUGUCAUUCAAAAAUAGUGUAAACAUUAUAAAAAAUAAUGAAGCUGGCUUCAGAUGCCAUCGCUCAGACUAAGCAGUCGCUGUAAUACAGGUCGUUUACUGCACUUUUAACGAAGUCAUGGGAAUUUAGCAUUACAUUAUAUAUUUUUUUUAAAUGUAAUCGAACUCUGUACUUGCCAGGGAGCAACACCAGAUGGCGACUGAGCCCUUUGCACACAUGUCUGUGAGGCUGUGGGGAGCAUGAAGCUGUUCACUUCAUAUGACUGAACAUGUGGGAGUAUACACUCGCUAACUCACUGUUAACAGCUACUGCUGCUAUUUACCUCUUACAAGCAGUUCUCUGUGUCUUUCCUCUGCUAUUAAUGAAGUCUUAAUUGAUGAAGUCGUUUCUAGAGCAGCUUGCCUUUAUAGUCUUCCUCUCUGCCUGCAUCAGUCACUACAUUGCCAACGCAGAGAUCCGUAGUUAUCCUGCUUUGCGACACUCGGCCAUUCGCACUAAUUUAGCACAGUCUUGUGGGUUAUGCUGCGUCCAUGAGUCCGUCUGUGUAGUUGUUGAACAAUAGAGGGCAUCCUGAGAUUAUCACCUCAGCUUCUGCAGUGACCAGCAGUACGAGUUUAAAAAAGAAAAAAAACUGACUCAAAUGAAGGAACAAGUGUGUGCAGGGAAAUUUUGUGCCACUAAGCCAAAGAUUUGUAAUGUGUAUUUUUAAAGAUUUGUGUUGUCCGAACAGUUUAUUCAAUCAUAUUGUGAUACAGUAUUUGAUUGUUGUCAGUUUGAGAGAGCAUUAGGUUUAUAUUUAUGUCGUGAAUAAGAUAUGGUAAAAUGCCAUUUUGUAGAAUGAUAAUACAACGCUGUUUAUUUGUUUUACUGUCAUGCUUAAAGGUUUGUGGGUCCUUAGACUUAAAGACAUCUAAUUUUAGUGUAAAAGAAAAAUCAGUGGGAGAUUUGUUUUCUGCUUAUAUGCUCAAUAAGUUACUUUUUCCUAUUAUUCUAUAUUUUUUACACCAUAAACUAGGAACACAAGUGAUGUACGCCUAUAAUCAAAAGCAGCUCUUUUCUAGUAGCAUAAUUUAGCUAAAGAUUAACUGAAACACUAGGUCCUUUUUAUCUGAAGUGCGUGACCCUACAGGAUUUUCUUUGCUCCCAUGCAAAAGGAUUAUUGUGUAUAAGUCACAAAACAUCUGAGCUACAAAAGAUAUCGAAAGUCUAGGGAGCCAUAAACCUUUGAUAAUGAGCAAACAGUAUGUCUUGAUCCUCGUUUUAUCUGAGAUGAUUCAGUGAAAAACUCUUAACGCCUGGGUGACGCUGCCUGCGUGAGCAGUGAAGAAUCUCUUAAUGUAUUUGGAUCGCAGUUUUCAGUAAAAAUAGAUGAUAUCUAUUGAUAGUCAUUCUGUCAUCAUACCAGCAACAUUUGAUCUUUUACCACAGUUUAAGUGUUUAUAUUUGUUGUGAGAAUAUAAAUAUCUUAUUUUAACUCACACCUCAUGUAUCUGUUCAGAUUAAAAGCCCCUUAGGGUUCCUGUGGACAGAAUACGAGUCCAAGUUUAGUGUAUUGUAUUUAUCAAAAGCAAACUCGGUGUAUGUCAUGGACUGUUCACGCUUGCAAUGUGACCCAGGCAUGAAUUCAUAGGGAAUCAACAUGUAACGCUCUCAAGUCCAUCAGCAGUUACGCGUGUAACUGUACAUCAGAUUAUGUGCUGUCUACCUUUUUAUAAUGGAAAUCAGUCGUGGGUAUUUGUUGAUUUAUAAAACACUGUGGAGAUUUUCAUUUUUUACAUGUAUGCUACGGGUUUAUUUGUCUGUUAGGAAGCUUUAAGUCUUCUGAAGCUUUUGAUAUUAAGAUUUUAAACAUUUUCUGUAGCAAAGAACAUCAGCUGAGUUUCUAUUAGAAGCUUUUUAUACUGUCGUGUAGAUGGUGCCACUAAGCUUCAUCCAGUGAGGCAUGAUGAUAUGAAGGGAAAAAAACGUUGUUUUAGCUUCAAUAUUCAUUCAAAAAAAUAUAAAAUACAAUCGAUUAGGAUGGUGAGAUUCUCCUUAAUGCUAAUCAUUGUAACUAUUAUGAUUAAAGAGGACACUGAUCCUGACUGGGGCUUGUAAAUCUGCUGUUUUCGUCAAUAUUUAGGACUUUGUUUCUGAUCUGUGUGCUGAUUUGAUUUGAAAUCUCAUAUCUACAAGCUGUUUUAUACCAAAUUACAUUUAAAUCAAUAAAAUUUGAAACUUU